GAGGGAAAGAUGGCAGCGAAAUCCGAUGGUCGCGGGGUCGUCACCGGUUUCGCCCAGCUGCACAAUCUGGACGAGGUGGUGGGGACGGGAGAGGACGACACUCGGGACGGCAGCUCAUUCCACAUCUGUCACUGCUGCAACACCUCGUCGUGCUACUGGGGCUGCCGGAGCGCCUGCCUGCAUUACCUCCGGGGGAAGGGGAAGGGGAAGGGGAGAGAUGCAGCGCGACCACCGCAGGAGGAACGCCUCUGGCUGGACUGCCUGUGGAUCAUCCUGGCACUGCUGGUGUUCUUCUGGGACGUGGGGACCGAUUUGUGGCUGGCCGUCGACUAUUAUCACAAACAGGACUUCCUGUGGUCAGGCCUGACCCUGUUCUUCGUGUUGGUGCCCUCGGUUCUGGUUCAGAUCCUGAGCUUCAGGUGGUUUGUCCAGGAUUACACGGGGGGAGGACUGGGCUCCGUGGAGGGGCUGAGUAGUCGCAGAGCUACAGCCAGUUUGCAAAGAGACAGGUGCUGCCGCCUCUCCGUCUGGGUCUGGCAGACCCUCAUACACAUCUUUCAGAUGGGACAAGUGUGGAGAUACAUCCGCACGAUGUACCUCGGCAUUCAAAGCCACCGGCAGAAGGAGAACCAGCGGCGUUUUUACUGGGCUAUGAUGUACGAGUAUGCCGAUGUCAACAUGUUGCGGCUGCUGGAGACUUUCUUAGAAAGCGCCCCUCAGCUGGUGCUGCAGCUCUGCAUCAUGAUCCAGAGCAACAAGACUGAGUGGCUGCAGUGUCUUUCUGCCGUGUCCUCCCUCCUGUCCCUGGCGUGGGUGCUAGCCUCUUACCACAAGCUUCUGCGUGAUUCACGUGACGACAAGAAGAGCAUGAGUUACAGAGGUGCCCUGGUGCAUCUGUUCUGGCGCCUUUUUACCAUCUCUUCACGGGUGCUCUCCUUUGCCCUCUUUGCCUCUGUUUUCCACAUCUACUUUGGCAUUUUUGUGGUGCUCCAUUGGUGUGCCAUGGCUUUCUGGGUCAUCCAUGGCGGCACUGAUUUCUGCAUGUCCAAGUGGGAGGAGGUACUGUUCAACAUGGUGGUGGGCGUGGUCUAUGUCUUCUGUUGGUUCAAUGUACGAGAGGGCCGGACACGGUACAGAAUGGUGGCCUAUUACACAGUAGUACUGUUAGAAAAUGCCAUCCUCAGCUCCCUUUGGUAUGCGUAUCGCGACCCAGCCACCACUGACGCCUAUGCCUCUUUUGCCCUCUGCGGCGUCUUCCUGUGCUUUGCCUCAGGUGUGGCCUGUAUGGUUCUCUACUACGGGGUCCUACACCCCAUGGGCCCCCGACUGAGGGUGCUGGCCAGCUCCUGCUGUGCUGAGCUGUUGUGGGGCCUUCCGUUACCCCCUGAAGCUGAGCCGAUGGCUCCCACACCAGGGCCCCGUGGCUCCCAGGCCACUCCAACACGGGGUCUGGCAGGGGAACAUGUGGAGUCCGACGAAACAGCCACGGACACCUGCCUUCCAGUUUUCCAGGUGAGGUCCACAGAGCCUGUGGAUGCAGCUGGUAGGCCCAUCCGACCUGAGGGUCCACUCAUCAAGAUAGACAUGCCCAGAAAACGUUACCCAGCCUGGGAUGCGCACUUUGUGGAUCGGCGCCUGCGCAGGACCAUAAAUGUGCUGCAGUAUGUUAGCCCUAAUGCGGUGGGCAUCAGGUACAGGGACGGUCCACUUCUUUAUGAACUCCUGCAGUAUGAAUCCUCCCUCUGAAGGCUUCUCCCACAGCUCUCUCAUCCCCUCGUCCACAUUAUGAUAAACAUGCUCUUUUUUUCUUUCACUUCUCCCCUUUCCUUCUCUCCAGAUAUGAUCUCUUUCCAUCCCGCAUUUCGACUCUUUCCUUCUCUCAUCCGUGGUCACUCAAUUUCCUGCAGGAGAUGUGUGUUUUGUCAACCGGAAAUCUGUUAAGA